AUGGACCCCCCAGCGGAUUCGAAAGUCGUUCCUGAACAUCCAGCGCAAAAUGUUGAGAACGGCAUUAAUCAUGCUGAAGAACCGCCUACGAAGAGAGUCAAAUUGGACGAAUUCAACCCUUAUUCUGGACAGCAGAAUGGAGAGCUUCCCCCCCAGAGACAGAAGGGCAUAGCACCAAUCAAGGCAGAGUUUCUCAUUCCCAAACCUACGCAUGCCCAGCCCGCCGACGAUGCCGACGAUGCCGCCGAAGAAUCAGCCUAUCAAGACCGCGACGACGAGAAAAAGGGAGGGAAGAAGAAGAAAGGCGGCGGCCAGAACACGAACCGUACGUUCGGGAGGUCGCAAGACGCAAAGGGACUGUGCGCAAGUAGGACUUUCAGCCCAGAGUUCUCGCCGGAAGAGUGCAAGUUCGGUGACAAAUGUCGCUUCGAGCAUGACCUGCGUGUUUACUUGAAGGAGCACAAGCGCGAGGAUCUUACAACUCUAGGCGGGGUUUGCCCCGUUUGGGAUGCUCGGGGGAAAUGCGCUUCAGGCUGGAAAUGUCGACUUGUCGGCUCACAUAUGACCGAACGGGAUACAUCAGAUGGAAGAAAGGAGUUGGUCCUGGUUGAGGAUGAAGAGCGCAAGAGCAAGGCCCGGCCGCUUGUUCCGUUUGCCGGAGAGGACGGCGUGGUGAAUGCGACUUCAUCAGAGGACAAGGUGGCGCUUGCGAGAAGACGGACACAGACCCCAAAGGCCGAUGCUUAUACGAGCUGGCUCGACAAGUCCUCCAAGUGGCUAGAGCAAACGCUUCACGGACGCUACCAGGAGGGAGAACAGCCGGUUGGCGAGGACAAAGACAAACAGGAAAGAGAGGACAAUCGCGCAACAUUCAUGCAGGCUCCAUUCUUGCCAUCCGAGAAGCGUCGACUAUACUUUGGACCCGAGACUCCGGCUCUAGCGCCAUUGACUACGCAAGGAAAUCUACCGUUCAGAAGACUGUGCGUGGAACUCGGUGCACAGCUCACCUACUCAGAGAUGGCUGUCAGCAUGCCGUUGAUUCAAGGCCACAAACCGGAGUGGGCAUUGAUGCGCGCACACGAGUCAGAAGCACUUCCCCCAACCGUCUCUCCGGGCGACGGAAUUGUCCAAGGCUAUGACAACUCACAGGACAUGAGGUUUGGCGCUCAGAUUGCUGCAAGCAAGUACAAGUGGGCCUUGAAAGCAACAGAGGUGCUGUCCGCUCUCACUCCGAAUCUGCGGGUGAUUGACUUGAACUGCGGGUGUCCUAUUGAUCUCCUCUACCGUGAGGGAGCUGGAUCUGCACUGCUUGACAGUCAAUCAAAGCUGGAGAAGAUUCUUCGCGGAAUGAAUGCGGUCUCUGAGAAGAUUCCCAUUACAGUCAAAAUUCGAACUGGUACGAAGGACAACAGCCCGACUGCCCAGAAACUGGUCGAACGACUCGUCCUUGGAGGCCACGAGUCCAGCCUGCUCGGCUGUGGCCCAACUGGCGUUGCGGCUAUCACUCUUCAUGGAAGAAGCCGACAGCAGCGGUACACGAGAGAGGCCAACUGGGAAUACAUUUCUGAAACGGCGGCGCUUAUCAAGCGCCUCAAUGAAAAGACAGACGAGGUUACAGACACCAUUCGAGAACCCGAGGAGCGAUUGCAGCCGAACGGUGGCAAAACCUGGUUCUUGGGUAAUGGAGACUGCUACUCACAUGUUGACUAUGACGACCAUAUCAACCAUGCCGGAGUAGACAGCGUUAUGGUCGGUCGCGGUGCCCUGGUCAAGCCAUGGCUCUUUGAGGAGAUUCAGGCAGGGCAGUACCUUGACAAGUCCGCUUCCGAGCGGUUAGCAUACAUUGAAAAGUUCGCCAAGUACGGCAUGGAAACAUGGGGAACGGACGAAUACGGCUUGGGCAUAACUCGACGCUUCAUGCUGGAGUGGCUGAGCUUCGCAUCACGAUAUGUGCCGAUUGGACUGCUGGAGUAUUUGCCUCCAAAGCUAAACGAUCGACCUCCGUUCUGGAGGGGUAGGAAUGACUUGGAAACGCUAAUGGGCAGUACGAACUACAAGGAUUGGAUCAAGAUCAGUGAAAUGUUCCUUGGCCCAGCCCAUAAGGACUUUAAGUUCGAACCCAAGCAUAAAUCAAAAUCUUACGAAGCAGAAGGAUAA